GAACAGUCUGCCAGAAUAAUCAGACUAUACGGUAUAUAACAGUAUGCAGUGUAAGCACAGUGUAUUCAUGUGUGUGUGUCAGGAUCUCUGGAGGUACAGCCCUCUGCAAGAACAUCCAUGAGUCCGUCAGCAGGCAGAUCCGCAAGAACUUCGCCAAGAGCAAGUGGAGGCAAGCGUUCAAUGCCACUAGCGGUGGUGCGUCACAUGCGUAGACUGCAGCUGGGCAGCAGCAUGGACGCAUCCAAUCCUCUCAGCAAACAGCGGCAGAACCAGGGCCAGAACCAGGGCCAGAACCAGGGCCAGGGCCAGAACCAGGGCCAGACCACCAACAACACCACCAAGGCACCUACUCAGACUCCUGUGCCUGCAUGCCCCAACCUGACCAACAUCCAGACACAGACCCAGACCCAAAUCCAGCCCCAGGCCCAGACACAGACCCAAAUCCAGCCCCAAGCCCAGACACAGACACAGACCCAAAUCCAGCCUCAGGCCCAGACACAGACACAGACCCAAAUCCAGCCCCAAGCCCAGACCCAAAUCCAUCCCCAGGCCCAGACACAGACCCAAAUCCAGCCCCAAGCCCAGACACAGACCCAAAUUCAGCCCCAGGCCCAGACCCAGACACAGACCACCAACCAAAUCCAGACAGAGAACCAGCCCCAGAACCACAGCCCCAACCCAGCCCUGAUAAAGAUCUCUUCCAUGGACACUUCCAUCCUAGCCCUCAAGGACGGUGCCCCAGCCCCUCCCCCCUCCUGCAGCCUGGCAUCCGCCACCUCCUCCCCUGUCACCGGGGCGGAGCUUACCCGGCCACACCCCUCCGUGGUUGCCACAGUGAUCACUGGGACAAAGUGACGUCAGCUCCCUCGGGGAGUGAGCUGGGAGGCCACCCCGCUGUGAGGGGGGGGGGGGGGGGGGGAAUUAGAACACACCCCUCCAACCCAUGCCCCUCCCCCAAGCCCAGCCCCUCCACACCACCAAGGACGACUGCUAGGGCUAAAAAUAAAAAAAAACUCUCUUUGUCAUCCCACCAAUCACAACACAGCAUUCUCACCAUCUACCCUUGCUCUUCCC